CGAAAACUCAAAGAUCGCUGACCACUUGCUGCCAUCCUCAUUAGGAAAAUCAUGAACAUCCGGCUACUAUCCAUAGUUUUCAUCACUCUGAACCUCACCAGUCGAACGAUAUCGCUCCAUCGAAGACUCAAGCAUUUCGACACUCUACACGCCGAAGAUGUUUCCCAUCGGAUUGUCAAAAGGGGCAUCAAGCAUAGCCAGCAUCCCUUCAACACCAUCAAGGAAGUUGAAUUCAACACGCUAGGGAAGAACUUUCGACUGAUCCUGAACCCGCAUAGAGAAGUGUUACAUAAACAGUUUAAGGCGUACACAGUGGACGGGGAUGGGAAUGAGACUGUUGUCCAUUUGGAUCAUGAUAACUUCUAUUCGGGACGAGUGUUCGGUGAAAGUGACUCCUCAGUAAGGGUUCACAUCGACGAUGGUCUACUUACAGGUUCCAUCGUUUUGCCUGACGAGACCUACCAUAUUGAGCCCCUAUGGAGACACGCUCCUCAUCUUGGCGAUCGACUAAUGCUCGCAUACCGAGCGUCAGAUGUUGUGCUUACAUGGCCAGCCAGUCAUUCCCAUGGUGACAUGGGAGCACCCAUCACAUGCGGAUAUGUGAAAGAAGGAAAAGAACUUGAAAUAGAAGACGAUGGUCACGAACAUGAUGAAGAAUACGAAGCAAUGAACAACGCAACCAGUAGCAAAGCGCGUACUUACCAAUCUAUCUGGUCGGAUGCAAUUCACGAGACCACGUCGGAUGAGGACUACUCAGCCGAAGCAGCGUUCAGAAACAAGCGGCAAGCGGAGCAGUACGACUACUCCUUGACGAAAACCAGAUGCCCUCUUCUGCUAGUUGCCGACUAUCGAUUUUUUCAGGAAAUGGGUGGCGGAAAUACCAAAACCACCAUCAACUAUCUGAUAAGCCUAAUAGACCGCGUCCACAAAAUAUACAAUGACACAGUUUGGAUCGAUCGAAAGGAAGGAGAGGGUUUCAAAGGUAUGGGCUUCGUUAUUAAAAAGAUUGUUGUUCACUCGGAACCAACACGGCUCCGUGGCGGCGAGGCGCAUUACAACAUGAUACGGGAAAAAUGGGAUGUGAGGAACUUGUUAGAGGUCUUUUCCCGGGAAUAUAGUCAUAAGGACUUUUGCUUAGCUCACCUUUUUACUGAUUUGAAAUUCGAAGGUGGCAUUUUAGGUCUAGCGUACGUUGGAUCACCACGAAGGAAUUCUGUGGGAGGAAUAUGUACACCAGAAUAUUUCAAAAACGGCUACACCUUGUAUUUAAAUUCGGGAUUAAGUAGCUCCCGAAAUCAUUAUGGGCAACGAGUCAUCACUAGAGAAGCUGAUCUGGUCACCGCCCAUGAAUUCGGUCACAAUUGGGGAUCAGAACACGAUCCUGAUAUUGCAGAAUGUUCACCAAGUGCUUCACAGGGUGGCAGUUUUCUUAUGUACACCUACUCCGUCAGCGGCUAUGAUGUGAAUAAUAAAAAAUUCUCUCCAUGCUCACUGCGAGCCAUCCGGAAAGUCCUCCAAGCAAAAUCAGGCCGUUGCUUCUCCGAACCUGAGGAGUCUUUCUGUGGAAAUCUUCGCGUUGAAGGUGACGAACAAUGCGAUGCUGGUCUCUUGGGAACAGAAGAUAAUGACGCAUGUUGCGAUAAAAAUUGUAAAUUACGACGAAAUCAAGGAGCUGUUUGUAGUGACAAGAAUUCGCCUUGCUGCCAAAACUGUCAGUACAUGCCUGCAGGAGUGAAAUGCAGAGAAGCCCAAUAUGCAACUUGCGAACAGGAAGCACGAUGCGCUGGAAAUCAUGCAGAAUGUCCAAAGUCACCUCCUAUGGUGGAUGGAACACAGUGCCAGGAAAGGGGAUUAUGCCGUGGAGGCAAAUGUGUCCCGUAUUGCGAGACACAAGGGUUGCAGAGCUGCAUGUGUGAUGUUAUACAGGAUGCUUGCAAGAGGUGUUGCCGCACAAGCAUCAAUGAAAGCUGUCUUCCUGUAGAUCCGCCAGAUAUUUUAGCUGAUGGAACACCAUGCAUUCAAGGAUUCUGUAACAAGGGUCUUUGCGAGAAAACAAUCCAAGACGUAGUUGAGCGCUUCUGGGACAUCAUCGAAGAAAUUAAUAUAAACCGCGUGCUGCGCUUCCUCAAAGACAAUAUUGUUUUCGCUGUGAUUGUUCUGACGAGUAUUUUCUGGAUACCAGCAAGCUGCGUCAUAUCUUACUUCGAUAGAAAGAAACGAAGACAAGAAAUGAAAGACAUCGAUUGGAGCCAAAGCCUCGACUUAAUUCACCCGAGCGAUCGACGAAGGGUUAUUCACAUUAGAGUUCCCAGACAAAAGAUAUCAGUAGCUAGAAUGUAAGCAACAAAGCAAAGUUUAUUUCGGAGCUGUAACGCCUCGAUAGAAAGUGAUGUAACCAAUGCAGCACAAUCUUCAAAUCGAAUUUCUACGUUUUUCAACUCUCUCGGACAAAUUAAAUUGUUUUAAAAGCCUACUUCACAAAUUUUAAAACAAAAACGACUUUUUUUAUCUAGAAAAAGAUGAUUUAUUGACUAAACCAGAACGGAAAGUUUGUACAUCGUCU